UCAUACUCUCGUCUUGAUUGGCUGGUUUCACGUUGCUGCUGAUGUGGUGUUCUGAAGCUAGCACAGCUGUUUCUUCUUUUUACCUGCAGUCUUCGAUAUACAACGCAUUUCGCAUCCUCAAAAAUAAUGCCUUACUUUCAGACUUGGGAGGAGUUUGCUCGGGCAGCCGAAAAACUAUAUCUAGCGGAUCCCAUGAAGGUCAGAGUGGUAAUAAAGUACAGACAUUGCGACGGCAAAAUGUGCAUUAAAGUGACAGACAAUUCCGUGUGUUUACAGUACAAGACAGACCAGGCUCAAGAUGUGAAGAAGAUCGAGAAACUGCACGGGAAACUGAUGAGACUGAUGGUGUCCAAAGAGACGCACAGUAGCGCCAUGGAGACGGACUAGAGUAGUCGAGUUGGAUUACCGCUGUUUGGACUGAGUUCAAUGUGGUUGUUGGGAGUACAGCACAGAACAGAACCACUUCAGUGGGACUGAUGGAGAAUCUGUAUGGGAAGAGUAACAGGGGAGAAAGGAGCUGGAUGCAUACGUUUAUUCAUUAUAGUCAGAGAUGGGAUUUCUAUAUGUCGUUUGUACAGUCAUCUCAGGAUUUUAAAAUGAUACUCUCAGUUAUCCUGCUUCUCUACUCAUGACAUAAGAUCACAUCUCUGUGUAUGAAUGUGAAGAUGAGCAAAAUAAGAGGUACGGGCCUAUUGUGCGAAAUGGACAAAUGUGCUGCACAUUUAGCAGCAUUGGCACCUUCGUUUGUUUUGAGGAGCUGUCAGAAAUUUUUGAUUUUCAAGCAAGAUUAUCAAUGAAGAUGUUGCAAGGCUCUUCACAAAUACUUCUAUUUUAAAUUUUACUUGGCUCUUAAUUUUGACCCUUAUAUGGACACAGCUGAAUCCUGACUUUCUAAUUUUCUUAGACUUCAUCUUUUAAGGUGUUUGCUGACAAUUUUGUCUUCAAUAAACAUGAAUUCACUCAAGU